GAAAUAGGUGAACAGCAUCUUGAACCAAACCAAGCCUUCUCAGCUCACGCCAACUGCACCAUUUACAAAGUGGUAGGUGAACAGCAUCUUGAACCAAGCCUUUUGCAGCUCAACCUCCCUUAACAACCAUCACAUUACUAAUGUUCCACCCAAUCUCUAUAUAACAUGAACCCCAAAUUAACCACAAUUCAACGGUCCAUUCCUCAACAAUAGAACGUCAAAACUGAUAAUAUAUACUGUCCAUUCAAAAGAUGGCUAGCUCCAGGUCCAAGGUCGAAGAUGAUCAAAGAGCAGGAGCCGAGAUCGUGCACGGUUCGGAACAAUGCUACCAACACUCCCUGGAUCUCCUACAAGAGCUGGGAUUCCCCAAAGGAGUCCUUCCCCUGAAAGACCUUGAAGAGUGUGGAAGGGUCCGGGAAACCGGGUUCGUGUGGAUGAAGCAGAAGGCCCCGUACGAGCACUUCUUCGAGGGGACCAACACCCGCGUGAGCUACGCCGCGGAGGUGACUUCGUACAUCGAGAAGGGCAAGAUGAAGAGGAUGACGGGCGUGAAGAGCAAGCAGCUGUUGCUGUGGGUGCCCAUCGUCGAGAUGAGCAUCGAUGAUCCCACGAGCAAGAUGAUCUACUUCAAGACCCCGGUGGGGAUCGGGAAGUCGUUCCCUGUGAAGUCGUUCAUGACCGAGGAGGAAAAACAUAAGUUUUUGGAGAAUGCAGAUUAAGGAAUGAGAAAAAUGAGUUACUUUUUUCGGGCCUUUUCUGAAUUUCGAUUGUUUGCAAGUUGAUUAAUAAGGUGGUUUAUUUUCGUCCCUCCACAGCUAGCUGGUCGGGCUUCCCAUUAUUAUUGUCUUGGUUUUCCUUUUAAUCUGCUUCACUUGUUUCUUUAAUUUGGAAACUUGUCGAAGUUUUGAUGUCAAAAAGUCUUUGUUGAAUCUCACUGUCUGUCAAAAGACAUGCUUUCAUUCC